AUAGUCGCAGUGUCGUUGGCGGAUAGAUUGCAUCAACAAUGGCAGCUCCCAGUAGGAAGCAGACUUUAAGGUUUCUCAGCCAGUUGGGAGCAUUUAUUUUGACCCGGUUCGGGUUUUGGAACUGCUUCACCAUGUUGAUGUUGUUUGCUGAACGAGCGGACUCAAAAAGGAAGCCAGACAUCCCUGUCCCCUACCUGUACGUGGACAUGGGGGCUGCGGUGCUGUGUGCCAGCUUCAUGUCCUUCGGGGUGAAGAGGAGGUGGUUUGCAGUGGGCGCCGCCAUACAACUGGCCGUCAGCACGUACGCAUCGUAUGUUGGAGAACAAGUGCACUACGGGGACUGGCUUAAGGUUCGGAUGUACUCCAGAGCGCUGGCCAUCAUCGGAGGCUUCAUGGUUCUGGCCAGCGGGGCGGGGGAGGUGUACAGACAGAAAGCCCGCAGCAGAUCCCUGCAGUCUACUGGACAAGUGUUCCUGGGGGUCUACCUCAUCUGCAUGGUGUACUCUCUUCAGAACAGCAAAGAGGACAGAAUGGCCUAUGUGGAGCACAUCGUGGGGGGGGAGAUCACGCUGACCCUGCUGGAAGUUCUGUUCGGGGUGCUGGCUCUGGCCUUCCUCUCCGGCUGGUACAUCCGCCUGGCGGCUCAGGUCCUGGCCGUGGUGUUGCCCCUGGUGAUCCUGCUCAUCGACGGCAACCUGGGCUACUGGCACAACUCUCGCAAGGUGGAGUUCUGGAACCAGAUGAAGCUGAUCGGGCACAAUGUGGGUAUCUUCGGCGCUGUGCUGAUCCUGGCCACUGACGGUUGAACCCUCUGGGCUCUCACAGAGAACUUUAACAGACCCAGGUGUCAGAGGGGACUGUUGGCUUUACGCAGCAGCCCGACUUGAUACCCAAAGCUGCUGCCGCCGCUCUGCGACCUCAGGGCUCGAACACUCCAGGCUGAGACUGUUGGGUGUAAGCAGCGUCGGUUGUCUUUGCCCACCAGUUGGUAUUUUUGCUUUUGCAAGAAAAAGAAAAAACACAGGCUACCUUUUUCGCAAUUUAAUUAUUUAUUCAGAUCCAUGUUUACGUUUCUGUCUGUUAUGCUCUGAAACAUGACGCUGAGUAUUGAUACUGUAUUUACUGAGAAAAUACCUUCUACAAGGAAGGUAGUCUUAAAUGGUAUAAUAUUUACAAGAUAUGGGUUUGCGAAUAAAGGGAAACUUAAAUUAUACUUAUGUUGCUUUUUUUAAUGGAAUGGGGUUUUGUUUAUUUGUAAUAAACAGUGUUUUUGACGCUU